CUCCCGACAAAUCAUCAUCAUCUCCUUAUAAAGAAGACACAACAUGUCCUAAAUCUUACCCCCUUAUUUUGUUCCCCUCUCUCUCAAUCUCAAUCUCAAUCUCCGAUUAUGACAGACGACAGAGUUUACCCCGCAUCAAAACCUCCCGGCAUCGUCGGCGGUGGCGGCGGCGGCGCAACAACGAAUCCAACUUUCUCGGCGAACAAAGCUCAGCUCUACAGCGCAAACCGUCCCGCUUACCGUCCACCAGCUGGUCGUCGCCGUAGUAGCCACAGCCGAGGAUGUUGCUGCCGUUGCUGCUGCUGGACGAUUUUCGUAAUCAUCCUCUUAGUCCUCCUCGUCGCCGCCGCAUCAGCCGUCGUAUACCUAAUCUACCGUCCUCAACGUCCUAACUUCAGCGUCUCUUCACUCAAAAUCUCAUCUCUCAAUUUCACCUCCGCCACUCACCUCACCACCGCCAUUUCCCUCUCCGUCAUCGCCAGAAACCCUAACAAAAACGUCGGGUUCCUAUACGACGACACGGACAUCACACUCUACAAAUCAGCCACCGGAGGAGGUGAUGAUGAUGAUGUGGUCAUCGGUAAAGGAUCGAUCCCUUCGUUUGUUCACGGGAAGAAGAACACGACUUUGCUUAGAUCUACGAUCGGAAGUCCUCCGGGAGAUCUAGAUGAGAUAUCGGCGGGUAAGCUUAAAGGAGAUCUCAAGGCGAAGAAAGGAGUAGCGAUUAAGAUUGUGUUGAACACCAAAGUGAAGGUGAAGAUGGGAUCUCUGAAAACUCCUAAAUCAGGGAUUAGAGUUACUUGUGAAGGGAUCAAAUUGGUGGCUCCGACCGGGAAGAAGCCGACUACGGCUGUUACCUCCGCCGCUAAGUGUAAGGUUGAUCCCAGAUUCAAGAUCUGGAAAAUUACUUUCUAAACAUAGAAAAACCACAAAAACAAAAUUGGUAUCACAUUCUUAGUUUUCUUCAUAUUCCAUUUUUUUUCUUUAUUAAACCAUUGUUUCAAUUUUCGUUUUUUUUUUUUUUUUUUAAUUUGAUUUCAUAUACAGUUCUUCGAUUCCUGUAAGACUUUUUUUUUUUGGGUUUAUGUAAAUGAAGAUAUAUAUAUUUGUGUUGGGUAUGAGAAUUUAAAAUUUUAA